AUGCAAUGCAUCAGAAGUGUGGCUGAUUGCAUCAGUGGCCCCUGCUCCGCUGUCAUUAAGUUCCAGAAACAGUUUGUGGAUGACGUCAUCGUCAACGUGAAAAAGCAAAGGGAGGAACUGAGCCGUCACAAUCACGAGCUUCAGAACCGACGGGUGCGGCUUCAUCUUGAUUACCUGGAGGAGGAGUAUCUCUGCUGCGUGUGCGGCAAGCCGGGCGAGCAGCGGGACACAGACGACGCGGUGUCUGACGAAUUCAGCAUUGUUCACAUGCCCAGCAAAGAGCGAAUUGAAAAGGCCAUCAUUGUCUCGGGGCAGUUGAACCAGAACGGGGAGACUGAGGGCGAUGAUGGGUUUCGGGCGUUGGGGCCUCGGACUGACGCGCUGCUUGGGGUUCUUUUUACACCCACGGAGCAAAGUGCGAGCAGGAUGGUGGCGAAGGUGCAGCAUUGCAUUCUCAACCAGGAGGCCGCGCGACAGCAAAAACGGAAGUGGGCACACCGCGACAAGGGGCUUAUGAAGAUUGAGGAACCUGAUAUUGACAUGUUUGAGCAGUUUUUCAGGCGGCCUGUUCACGGGUAUCUUUGCUCAGAUUGUCACACCUCGGCUAAGAGGAGGUUGGACACGCUGAUAAAUCAAAUACAGACAAUUCUGUUCAAAGGGAAAACCCCGUUUCUACGCCGUGGCUGCAGUACAGCCCAGACCCAGUGGCAGGAGGCAACGGCUUCUCGCAGCUGGCCUGCUUUGGCUGCCUUCCAGCCACACCCUGGGAUGAUGCGGGAAACGCAUAAUUACGCUACUCUCUCCGAUGCAGCUAUAACGCAUCUAAGAGCGAAUUUCCGCUGUGCUGUUUGUAAGCGGCGGCAGGCAUCAUUCUUUGUUCGGCAAAGCGCCACCUUUCUUUGUCAGUUUUGCUGUUCAAGAGACCGUUUUUACCGUGAUAACGCGACCUGCAUAAACGAUGAGCCUAUGCCAAAAGAAACUGCACACCUACUGGAAAGCCUGGCACUCUGCCAAGCAAAGGUGGGGGAAGGGAAAGAACACGACGCAUGGGUCAGCGGCGGUGAAAGGCGUGGCGUUAGCCUUUUUCGGGAGCAUAAUACCCUUGACCUCUUUGCAGCCCAGUUGCCACCACAUGCAGCUAUCAGCGUGAAGCCAGCUCUUCCUCACGCCUCAGCUUCUUUGGAUCGAAGGAGCGUCGCCGGAAACAUGUCGGUUUCCCUUUUUGGCGGAAAGAAGUUUCUUCUGAAUCUCCCGGAAUCCGAGGUAUUUUGA